AGCAAUAAUGUAUCUGUAUUUGUCAUCUGUCACUGUCACAAAUGUUGGUCGUGGUUUUGCUUGAUUGAUGAUUCUGAUUAGUGAUUGAUCAUUGAUGUCUGAUUCGUGAAUGUAAAUUAUUGUUACCGUGUGAUUAUUUUUACUAAACUUUUUAGUUCUAAAUUAUAAAAAUGAUACCGAGUGCUUUUAAAUAUUUUAUAUUCACAGCCACUGUGUUAUGUAUAGUUCAAAGUGGAAUUGCAGAGUUUUCUACUGAAGAUUGUGCAUCACUUGGUUUUAUUAAAUCAAAUCUUUUAUGUUCAUCUUGUGAUCAGUUAAAAGAUUUUAGCUUAGAGCAAUUAGUAGAACACUGCAAGCAAUGUUGUCACAAUGACGAAUCUGCACCGAAGGAAAAGAAAUACGCACGAGCUAUUCUCGAGGUGUGUACAUGUAAAUUCCCGGCUUAUCCACAAAUUCAAGCAUUCGUAAAAAGUGACAGACCAGCGAAGUUCCCUAACCUUCAAAUAAAAUAUGUACGAGGGCUGGAUCCAAUUAUUAAACUGCUUGAUAAAGAUGGUAUUGUUAAGGACACAGUUGCAAUUGAAAAGUGGAACACUGACUCCGUUGAAGAAUUCCUAAAUACCCAUUUAGUCAAAGAAGAAGAUGAGGAUAAGGGUUAUUUGAAAACAAAUUUAAUUUAAUAUCAAUACACAACUUUAUAUAACUUGAA